UAGCUUUAUUAGUGGGGCUUCAAGACCUGGGAGGACUGGCAUUUAGUCUGGAACAUUCACAGGACUAUGCUGGAUGAAAUAGCUACCACUUGAAGCUGCAGACAGAGUGGAAGUAGUGGAUUCUUUCCACCUCUCCACAUACAUCUGAUCUCCACACAGCUGUUUUCUUCUCCAGACUGCUGUUCCAGUCAUCAAAUCCUCCGUCACGGCCCCUUUACCAAGCACCCUUGCGAGUUCUUCAGUCCCAUUUACUGAAAUGGAUUGGGCCACACCGGCAGCCAAGUUGAAUCCCUACACCCGAGCUCGCAUGACAGAGGCGUGGCAGCAGCACGCUGUUGCCCCGCCUCCAGUCGUCCACACCAUUCCUCCAGGAGCUGAGAACGCUUUGGGCUGCGCUGUUUACGGUAUUGUACUGCAGCCAGAUGCCGCAUCUCUGCAACAGCAGCCCCAGCACGGACAACACAGCCAGCACAACCAGCAACACAGCGGGAACCAGCAGCACGGAGGCGGCCAGCACAGCCAGCAGCAGCAGCACUCCACCCAGACCCAGCAGACCAGCCUACAGGUUGACGGUGGGCACAAGUGUGGGGCCUGCGGACAUGAUAUAUCUCACCUAUCCAACCCACACGAGCACCAGUGCAUGGUGAGUCAGGACAGGUCAUUCCAGUGUACGCAGUGCAUGAAGAUCUUUCACCAGGCGACAGACUUGCUGGAGCAUCAGUGUGUUCAGGUAGAGCAAAAGCCGUUUGUUUGUGGGGUGUGUAAGAUGGGCUUCUCGUUACUCACUUCUCUAGCCCAGCAUCACACGUCUCACAACAGCACCAACCCUAUGAAAUGUUCAAUAUGUGAGAAAACCUACAGACCCGGUUCUUCUGGCAACGCCACACCCAACUCAGCAAACAGUUCCCAACAGGCCAGUAGUGACGGGGCCUCAGCCAGCAGCAGCUCGUCCAUUCUCCCGUUUCCUUCAGCCAGGGACCGGCCGUACAAGUGUUCGGUUUGCCAGAAGGGCUUCAAACAUCUAUCAGAACUGACUCGGCACGAGCGGGUGCACACUGGAGAGAAGCCCUUUAAAUGUGACACGUGCGACAAAGCCUUUAGUCAGUCAUCACACCUCCAACACCACCAGCGAACGCACAGCAACGAGCGGCCGUUCAAGUGUGCGGUUUGUGAAAAGAGUUUUAAGCAUCGCUCUCACCUCGUGCGUCAUAUGUACGUGCACUCCGGGGAACACCUGUUCAAAUGCAACUUAUGUGAGCUGCACUUCAAGGAGUCCUCAGAGCUCCUUCAUCAUCCCUGCCACCCGCAAGGUUCACGCCCAUUCCGCUGCGCCACCUGCGGCAAAGGUUUCAAGCGCCCGUCGGACCUUCGCCAGCACGAGCGCACGCAUUCAGAAGAGCGUCCCUUCCACUGUGAUGAGUGUCAGAUGAGCUUCAAGCAGCAGUAUGCACUGGUGCGCCACCGACGCACGCACAAAGACCCCACUGACCGUCCAUUCAAAUGCAACCUGUGUGACAAGGGCUUCAUGCAGCCCUCUCACCUCCUCUACCACCAGCACGUCCACGGCAUGGACAACCUGUUCAAGUGCGCCUCGUGCCAGAAGGAGUUCAGCCAAUCGGGAGAGCUGCUCAGGCACAAGUGCGGCGAGUCGUCGAACACGUCCCCCGACAAGCCGUACAAGUGCGACGUUUGCGGCAAGGGCUACAAGAAGAGUUCCACGUUACAGCGCCAUCAGAACUCUCACUGCCAGGAGAAGCCCCUGAAGUGCUCGCUGUGCGACCGUCGCUUCCUGUCCUCGUCCGAGUUUGUCCAGCACCGCUGCGAUCCGUCACGAGAAAAACCGCUCAAGUGCCCUGACUGCGAGAAACGGUUCAAGUACUCGUCCGACCUGAACAGACACAGGCGGGUGCACACGGGGGAGAAGCCGUACAAAUGCGACCACUGCAACAAGGGCUUCAAACAGCGCGAGCACCUGACCAAACACCAGAGCACGCACUCCAGAGAGGGACAGUUCAAGUGUGUUUGGUGUGGGGAGCGUUUCAGUGACUUGGGAUCGUUGCAGGACCACACGGUGCAGCACACAGCAGACGGAGGGGGGUAUGCGGUGCCCCAGUGCUUAUAGACCCUCUGCUGAAUCCCUUCCUCUUUCAAUGACUCUUCUCCUAUAAAGCAGACAGUGCCCUAACCUCCGUGUCCUCAUGUGUACGCUAUUUAUUCAGCAACAUCCACAGUCGCAGGACAGCACAGGCUUUUACUAUUGUGUUCACCCCCCGACUCCCGUAUCAGGUCUUUGUUGCUCUCUUCGCCUGCCCCAAAGUCACAAAGUACUUCAACUCUGUUACUCCAUACAAUUCUGAGGAGGCAUUUGUCUGUCACUGCACUUUCCUGUUUGUACCACCUCUUUUUCUUCUCAAACUUGCCCCAUUCCUUGUUCCUCAGCUGCGCUCUGAGAUCAUUGAAGGCAGCGAGUUUAAUUUGGACAAGACGACAACUGUCUGUCAUCAGUCACACCCACUGCCAACCACAAAGUCUCUGUUUUACACAGAAAACCGGUGCCAUAAUGCAGGCUGAUCCUUGCAUCGUUCCAGAACUUCCACUUGAUUGGACAAGCAAAGCCAAAUGAUCUUAAAUGCCCCUUUGGUUUUCCGGGCAGCAUCACACAAACCUCUUUCUAUUUAACAAAACGGGCCAGACAAAAUUGAUUUAGCAUCAAAUGCAGGUAGAUUUUCCUCUUGACAAGUAAAUCCUAGGAUGGUAUCAAAACUAAUAUCAGGUAAAUCUAUGUACCAUAAGUCUGAAUAUUCACAAGUCUGCAUCGCGUCUUGUAAUUUUUUUUGUAAUAAUCAUAUUACAUAAAAAACUUUACUGCAGCAAUUUAAGUAAUUAAGCACUGAAGUCAAGUCCAGUAUGCAUGGGCCAGAGGAAAUGUUCGUAAAAAAGUUCAUUUCAGAUGCUGUUCCAAAACACACCCAGGUACAAAGAAACCCUGUUACACUAAAAAAACAAAAUUGAAAAUGUGACAUAAAACGUGAUUUAAUUAUUGACUCGUCAUAAGAAAAAAAAAAAAAAAUGAUGCAUGGCCAGUGAAUCCUAAAGUUAAUUUCAGCUGAUUUUGUUUGUCAUUAACUUCUCUUUUUGUA